GUACCCGUUUGGCAGGGGUAGAAAUGGAAAAUCUGAAUUGAAACAAAAAAUCUAGGGCUCGGAUGCAGGAAAAAAGAUGAAAGAACAGUAGCCAAAACUCAUCCUCGUUUACUCCACUAGUGUCUAGUAGUUACCAUCGACGAACAAACACGACCUUUGACUGCAUCUCUCUCUCUCUCUCUCUCUCUCUCUCUCUCCCCUCCACUUUCUCUCUCUGGCACCGCCUCUGUAUCUCCAGCAAUGUUCGUCAAUAGGUUCAACCUCGAGCGCUGAUUCAGUGCACUCGUUCGUUGUCUUGCACUCCGUCUCUCGAAUCUGCAUUCUUUUUUGGACUUAAGGUGGGCCCACGAUUGGGGGCAGUAAAUGGGUCAGUGACGCCAAAUCCAUGAGGAAGCAAAAUUCCGAACAAGAGAAGUUUGGAAAGCUUAUAAGAAGCUGCUUGAGCAUUGAAAGCUAGACAUGUUUGUUGAAAGAGUGGGUGUUGAUUCUGUUUCGGAGGUCAACCAGGAGCCGAAUUGUUCAACUGAGAAACACGAUGAUCAAGCUCAGGUUGAUAUUAACUCUUCAGAUUUGAGUAGCAUUAAAAACUGUGAGAAGAAACAGGCAAGAAAAAAGAGAAAGUCAUCUGGUUGCCCGAUAGGAUCAAUCGACGAGGGUGCUUUGUCAUCAGCACUGGUAGCGGUUGUACUAGACAAUUCUGGAAGAGAUAUACCAUCAAAUCAUUUGGGUAAAGCAGAAGAUGGCUCUUCAGUUCUGGGCGGAGGAGAAAUCUCACAAGAAAAAACUUCUGGUGGUCCAAACAGUGAACUUCUAUCUGGGAAAAAGAAGAAGAAAUCUAAGAGGAAGAAAGAGAGAAAGUUAACUGCUUGCCCAAUGACUAGUUUAGGAUCAACAGAGGAGGGUGCUUCUCCGUCGGUACUGGUUGUACCUGACAAUUCAGUGGGAGAAAAAUCUUUGAAGCAAUCGAACGAAGUGCCUGUAGCUUGUAACUCGUUAAAGCUGAUGGAGGAAGUCGUAGCAGGAAACAGCACUUCAUUACUGGAUGGAGGUAAAAUCUCACACGAAAUAGGUUCCGGUGAAUGUUCAAAUGGCGAUUCCAAAUUUGGGAAAAUGAAGGAGAAGUCUAAGAUGGGUAACUUGGAAGACAAUAAAACUGGAAACAGUAGAAUCCAUCGGAGAAAAAAGAGAAAGUCAUCUGCUUGCCGCAUAAGCAGUUUAGAAUCGAUCGAGGAGGGUGUACAAGAAAGUUCAGCGGCAUUUACCUGUCUGAAUCAUUUGAAUGAAGCACCUGAACCUAGCUACUCAGGGAAAAUGAUGGAGGAAAUGGUAGCAGGACUUAUAAUUUCACAAGAAAAAGCUUCCGGUGAAUGUUCGAAUGGUGGACCUGUAUGUGGGAAUGAGAGAAAGAAAUCUAAGAUGGAAAACUUGGAGGAGAGUAAAUGUAAUACGGGAAUCAGUGUUGUGAUGGAUGUCUCUUUGGUGGAUAACCCAGAAACAGAUUUUGGGCAAGACAGUUUUGUAAGAGAUAUAUCAUCAAAUCAUUUGGGUGAAGCAAAAGAUGGCUCUUCCAUUCCGGCCGCUGGAGAAGUCUCACAAGAAAAGGCUUCUGGUGGUCCAAACAGUAAACUUCUAUCUGGGAAAAAAAAGAAGGAAUCUAAGAGGAAGAAAAAGAGAAAAUUAAGUGCUUGCCCUAUGUCUGGUUUAGGAUCAACAGAGGAGGGUGCUUCUCCAUCGGUACUGGUUGUACCUGACAGUUCAGUGGGAGAAAUAUCUUUGAAGCAAUUGGAUGAAGUGCCUGCACCUUGUAACGUGGUAAAACUGAUGGAGGAAGUGGUAGCAGGAAACGACACUUCAUUACUAGAUGGAGGUAAGAUCUCACAAGAAAUAGCUUCCCAUGAUUGUCCAAAUGGUGAAUCUGAUUUUGGGAAAAAGGAGGAAUCUAAGAUGGGUAACUUGGAAGAGAAUAAUGCCGGACACGGUAGAAUCCAUCGGAGAAAGAAGAGAAAGUCAUUUGCUUGCCCCAUAAGCAGUUUAGAAUCAAUCGAGGAGAGUUUACAAGAAAGUUCAGCCGGAUAUACAUGUCUGAAUCACAUGGAUGAAGCACCUGAACCUAGCUAUACAGGGAAAAUGAUGGAGGACAUGGUAACAGGACUUGGAAUUUCACAAGAAAAAGCUUCCUGUGAAUGUCCAGUUGGUGAACCAGCAUCUGGGAAUGAGAGAAAGAAAUCUAAGAUGGGGAGAAAGAAAUCUAAGAUGGGGAAUAAGGGAAAUAGUGUUGUGAUGGAUGUCUUUAUGGUAGAUAUUCCAGAAACAGAUUUUGAACAGUUUAACAAGGAUAAGCUGGAUGUGAUCCAGAAUACAGUGCUAUCCGAGGAAGACAGAGCCUCUGAUGAUGCACUUGUCAGUGUUCCUUCCGUUGACAACAUAGUAGUUGACAAAUUGAAUAUACAACCAAUGUUAAAGGAUGCAAUACCUUCAUUUUCAAAAUUGGGAGUGAUAAUAGAUGGUGUUAGACUAGAAAGCCCCCAACAGUCACAAGGAGGAGCCCCACUCGGAAAUUUGAGAAAAAAACUUCUUGUCCUUGAUGUGAAUGGACUACUUGUUGAUAUUGUUCCAUCUGGGGCUGGAGGAUAUAAACAACAUAAAAUACUAUCACAGAAAGCAGUUUUUAAGAGGCCCUUCUGUGACGAUUUUCUGCAGUUUUGCUUUGAUAGAUUUCAUGUGGGUGUUUGGUCCUCAAGAACCAGGAAAAAUGUGAAUACAGUCCUUGAUUUUCUUAUGGGGAAAUCCAAGUCUAAUUUGCUUUUUUGCUGGGAUCAGUCCCACUGUACAAAGACGGGUUACAACACUGUUGAGAACAGAGCAAAGCCCCUGCUUUUAAAGGAACUUAAAAAUAUAUGGGAAAAGCACGAGCCAGAUCUUCCGUGGGCAAGUGGAGAGUAUAAUGAGUCAAACACACUGUUACUGGAUGAUUCUCCCUAUAAGGCCUUACGCAACCCUCCAAACACUGCAAUCUUCCCGCAUUCUUACUGUUACAAGGAUAAAAGAGAUAAUUCUUUAGGACCUGGCGGUGAUCUACGGGUUUAUUUGGAAGGACUGGCUUUAGCUGACCACGUCCAAAAGUAUGUUGAGCAGAAUCCAUUUGGCCAACGGCCUAUCACAAAUAAAAAUUUAUCCUGGGGUUUAUACUGUAAGAUUAUUGGCAACACCUCAUCAGAAAAGGGAGAAAAUGCUACUAAUGAUCCUUCAGCUUGUCAACAAGAGGAAGAAGAUGCUACCAAUGAUUCUUUGGCUUGUCAACAACAGGAAGAAGACGUUACUGAUUAUUCUUCAGCUUGACAACUACAGAAAAAAGAUGCCACUAGAACCCUGCAUCGUUCGUGGCUUUUACACAGAAACAUAGAGGUACUCGGUACUAGACUUUUUGACAUUUAGUUGGUUAUCUGAGUAUCCAAUAUGGUUCAUUUUUGUUAGCAUCUAGAGGUAUUCUUUCUGGAAUAUUUUCAGUUUCAGACAAUAUUAUAACUCAUAGAGAAGAUCUUUCUUGUAGUUUUUCCCUUGCCGGCUUUGUAUUAGAACAUCAUAGCAAAUCACUGUCCUGAUUCAUUUACCUUAUUUAUGGGAAAUAAUUCAACAAGGUGUUACACA